AAAUCCUCAUUUCGCUUGGCGACAGGGCUUAAUCCAAGCUAAACUGUUCACUUCCAGAUGAAGUUUUGUAUAGCAGGACUCUGGAAAUACAGUAUCAAAGAGGAAGAAAGAGAGCCUUGUGGUAUGUGCAGAAUAUAUUUUGUAGAUUGGUGUGAUAAAUCUUGCAUUAAUAAGCAGGGUUUCUAAUACAGAAGUUGGAUUGAAUACAACAUCUUUCAUUUUAGAAAGCAUUGAGGGUUGACUCUGUUAACGAAACUAAUUUACUGAGUUGCUCUUAAGCCGCACAUUUUCUCCACCAUUUCUCAGAUAGAUGUGAGGCAUUAUCCCAUAUAAACCUACUGCCAGAUGGCUUUGCAAAAUAACCCAAUUCUAAUGCUUUCAGAGACGGAGAGUGGCUUGUUUCUCUUUGAUCUUUCUAUUUGCAUAGUUUGUUAUUAUAAGGAUCUCUUUCAUGUGCGCCCAUCUUACUUGCCUUGGAUGCCAACCCACCCCCAAAUACUCAUCCCUCCCUCCUUCUAAAAAGAAAGAGAUCUAUUAUAUAAAAGAAAUGUUUACUUUCUUGAUGUCUAGACUUUCUUACAUGUAGUCUGCCCAUAUCCCAGAUGUGACGUAAGCCACAGCAGUCUAUGUUUCGCAUGUUUCCAUUAGAAGCACCUUUGUGAGGUGGCCAGCUGUUGGCAAGCCCAGCAGAGGGAACAAUCUUAUGUUGCAGCUGGAGCUUGUUUAGUACUUAUCCACCUUGGAGAAGAGGUGGAUGCAUAUUGCUGAAAGAGGGACUCUAUUUAUCUGCCCCUCCUUUCCAUGCAGUGAAGAGACAUGGACGCAGGAUGUCACUGUAUCACAGCCACCACAUGAAGGAUUAUGGGUCAAGGCAGAGGACCAUGGGAGAGAGGUAAAAGGCCACCAAAGCCCCCAGAAACAGGAGCCCAAAGUCUUAAUGAGGGUUAGAUAUCCUGGCAGAUGCCACCGACCAGUAAUGAAUGCUUUCGGGCAGAGCAGCUUGCCUGGUGUGCUCACUCUUUCAUCUGUCCUGGAGAGAUAGAUGACACCCACCCUUGUGCUCCUCCGCUUCAGCUCCGUAGGGUGUGUGGCACAGGAGAAGAGGCGGAGCGUCACGCUUCAACCAGAAAUGCCUGGCAGAUACCCCAGCUGCACUCCACACGGACUCACUAGACAGCCAGCAGAAGCAGGAAGGAGUGAUUGCGCACCUUAGAAGUCCAUCAGCACAACAGGAGGUGGAGUUUGGCCAUGGAUCUGACUUUGGGUAUGGAGGCCCAGGCUCUCCUAGAAGACAUGUUGGAGAUCACUGCCCAGAGUCUUGUACCUAUGGAAGUGACCGAGCAUUACCAAAUCAUCAAGGAGCUGGGAAAGGGGAAAUAUGGCCAAGUGAUACUGGUGACGCACAGAAAGAGAGGGACUCCAAUGGCUCUCAAGCUGUUGCCUAAGGCGAGCACCAAGCUGCAGAACUUCUUGUAUGAAUAUUGUGUGGCACUUUCACUCUCUGUGCACCCUGCCAUCAUUGGCAUGUUUGGCAUCGCUAUAGAAUCCAGCCAACACUAUGGUUUCCUUUAUGAGGCAGCCCUGCACAAGGACCUCAUAUCCAUAAUCAAACCCAAGGCGGGGAUCCCCGAGCCAGCAGCUAAGCUCUGUGCCAAACAGUUGGUUAGUGCGCUGGACUUCAUCCACAGCCGAGGCCUUGUAUAUCGAGAUGUGAAGCCUGAAAAUAUCCUGCUUUUUGACCGUCAUUGCCACUGCAUUAAACUGACUGAUUUUGGCUUGACAAGACCCCAAGGUACCUUGUUGCGUCUUGUAGCUGGCAUCAUCCCCUACACCGCCCCUGAGCUGAGCCGUGGCACCGGUGAUACCCCAGGCCUGCCCAUUGAUGCCAGCUUGGAUGCCUGGGCUCUUGGGGUGUUGAUCUUCUGCCUGCUCACCGGCUACUUCCCAUGGGAGAAGACAGUGCCCGAGGAUUCAUUCUUCGAUGACUUUGUGAUCUGGCAGGAAUCCGGCUUGGAUGAAGACUUACCUUUUCACUGGCGCCCGCUCUCAAAAGAUGCCAUCGCCAUGUUACAACACCUCUUGGCUCUGGAUCCGGCAAAGCGUGGCCCAAUCCGCCGGGUGCUCAACUACCUUGAUCGACCAUGGCGAGCAGAGGCGAGCCCUAAAGAUCCCCUGGUGACAGUGCAAUAAAGCCAAAACAAUUUGAUGGGCAGGGGGAGAACAGCACUAAACUCCCCCUAAUGUGGGGUGGAAAGAGUAUGGACCCUCCACAUAUUGUUCAACUGCAAUUCCCAUUUAACCUGGCCAGUAUAGCCACUGAAGAGUGGAGUUAUAGUUCAGUUCCAUCUGGAAAAAAGUGAGCAAACUGGCUCAUGCCUGCACGCAAGGCUGUUUGGGGGACCCCAGAGAAAAUCUAGGACUUCAUCAGACCAUUAGGAGGGAAGCGGGGGAAAGUGGGAGAAAGUGUUGGGAAGAGUGAGGACCCGUCUUACCCCAGCAAGUUCCAAAAUUGGAGAUAGUCAACCAACUCACAACCCUUUCUCAUCUUCUUCCUGCUUUCCCCCGCUUUCAUGAGUCAGAUAACACUAAAACAGAAUCUUCUCUCUUUUGUAGCAUGCUGGCAAGAUGGAUUCUCAUGGGCCAACAUCGGAAGUGGCUGUGCGUAAUGGGAUGGCCUUUAUGGGACUCCAUUUUGCCAGUGUGCUAAAAUGAAGAGAAAAUGGAGAAAAACUUCCAUGUAAUGAGUUCCCUAGAAUGUUUCAAAAAUGGGGAAAAUGUUUUUUGUCUUACUAAAAAGUUCCCCAUGCCCAAUUUUACCAUGUUCCAGUUUACUUCUUGGUUUGUAAAAAAAACCUCCUACAACAGCCUAGUGGGUAAAAGCAGGGAAAACCCAAAAAGGAAAUGAAAUUAAAAUUAAAAUUACUAUAUAUGUGCUGCUAGUCUUUCAGUUUCCACAAGCGAAACUAUAAUAAUAAUAAUUAAUAAAUAAUAAUAAUAAUAAUAAUAAUAAUAAUAAUAAUAAUAAUAAAACAACUUUUUUGUAGACUGCCCUAUAUCCCUGAAGGAACUCAGGGUGGUUUCCAGCACAUAUGGCAGACAUUCAAUGCCAGCAAAGAAACAUAUUAACAAAUUAUAUCACAACCAAAUAAGUCAGAAAAUAAAACAACAAUUACUCUAAUUUUAUACCAAAUAGCAAUUGACCAAAAAAUAAAAUUAGACCAGCCUAACUAACAUAAUCACAUAUUAUUAAUUUAAGCAGGAUAAGAAUUUAAAACAACUAGUAGUACUUUAAUUAAUAGUAAAAUAGUUGCCCACAACUAACUGGCAUGAAAUCAAUUCCAGUAUAUAGACAAGAUUUAAUAUUUCUAGAUGAUGUUAUGUGUCAAGACAUAAUAGUCUUUGUCCUCUUCAUAUGCCAGGGUGCAAAGAUGUGUUUUCAGCAGUUUUUACUUCUUUUGGAAGAGAGUUCCAGACCAGAGGCAGGGAGCGAUCAUGGAGAAGGCCCCAUCUCUCGUUCCCACCAGUUGUGUUUGCAAUGGGGUGGGACCAAGAGUAGGGCCUCCUCUGCAUAUCGCAGUGGUUGAGCUGGUUUGUAAAUGGAGAUGCGGUUCUGCAAACAGCCUGGACCUGAACCGUUUAAGGCUUUAUAGUAACGACGACCAGCACUUUGUAUUUAUUCCAGAAGCAGAUUGGUAGCCAGUGGAGCUGCCGCAGCAUGGGAGUUGUCCUCUCACAAAAUUACUGAUGCCUGCACCAGUUGCAGCUUCUGAACUACAAACCCUGGAAGAUUUUACACUUGAUCCAGAGGAAAACAUGUUGGUAGCAGAAAUUCAAAGAGUGAGGAAGGAGUCAGUCUGUAAACUGCCUUUCAAUUAUUCGAACCAGAAGCCCAGAAAUUUGAAUCUCUGCAAAAUGUUCAACAUUCUGCAAUAGAUGUACUGUGGAGUCUUUACAUUUUGGAGAGAUAAAAACAUACCUUCCAACAUUUGACAGAUGAAAUCAUAACAUGAACACACAAGCUAGAAGAGGCUAUAGCAGUUUGCCUUCUGGUUUAUUGGGAAGGGCAAAAUUCUGCCACCGCCCUCCCAGAUGGAGUUACUUGAGUACAAACUACUUUUGCACUUUGAAUUUAUUUUGUUUCAACUGAAGUAAAUUGAGAACAAUGAGUAAAAAUGGAAGAAGGAAACAGGGACAUUUUAAAAGCAUCUUUAAAAGUUGAUAAAAUUAACUGUAUAGCUAAGGAGUUCCCCCCACCCAUAGUAUGUGGCAAGAGAAUGCUUAAGGCACAAUAUUAGAAGAAUUCAGCUGUGUGUCUGCAUCUGCAGUGUUUGAAAAGGCAUGCACAAUUGUUUUAUUACAUUUCUUUAUUUCUGGAUGUUUCAUGAAUAAUUCUUAUUUCUUUUUUAAAGGAAAAAUUAACAUAAACUUCUAGAUGUUUCUCUGAAA